GCGCACACACACCGCCGCCCAGCCAAGCGACCAAGUCACCCACCCAGUAACCAGUGUUCCGACCAAGAGCUCCUUGCCGCGACCUCUUCCUUCUUCAUCCUCCGCCGAAAUGUCCGCGAUUAACCUGCACCCCCCGCAAACCUACUCGCGCCUGUUCCGCCCCUGGGACUCGCAGCGCCAGGCGGUCAAGCAGGAGCAGGAGCCCGAGCCCGAGGCCGUUGCCGUCGCGGUGGCUAUCAAGACGGAGCUGCCCAGCAGCGGCUUCGGCCACGACUGCGAGCGGGACUUCUCGUCCGCCUCCUCCUCGUCGUCGAGCAGCCGCAGCAGCAAGUCCUGCUGCGAGGAGGCGCUGAACCACAGCGGCUACACCCGCACUUCCACCCCGCUGCUGGACGCUGCCCCGCAACCCGUCUUCCCCCUGCCGCAGCACCAGCACCAGCACCAGCCCCAUCUGCACCAGCCGCAGCCCCACUCGGGGUCCGCCUCCGAUCCGGCCACCAGCAGCCCAGUCGCGCUGGCCCCAUUCCUGCCGUCCGCCAGCGAUCUGUAUUACGCCGCCGCGGCCGCAGCCGCCGCCACAGCCAGCACGCCCUCCGCCCAAGCCGGCUUCGGCCUGGACCCCUUCGCCCUGGGCCUGAUGGAGCAGGAGUACGCCCGCGUGAUGGCCGAGGACGCGCAGCUGAAGGCCCUCAACGCGCGCAAGCAGCGCCCCAAGAAGUUCAAGUGCCCGCACUGCGACGUGGCCUUCUCCAACAACGGGCAGCUGAAGGGCCACAUCCGCAUCCACACCGGCGAACGACCCUUCAAGUGCGACGUGGACACCUGCGGCAAGACCUUCACGCGCAACGAGGAGCUGACGCGCCACAAGCGGAUCCACACCGGACUCCGGCCGUAUCCGUGCAGUGCCUGCGGCAAGAAGUUCGGCCGCCGCGACCACCUCAAGAAGCACAUGAAGACGCACAUGCCGCAGGAGCGCCAGCUGGGCCCGGCCCUGUUCGUGCCCAUGUACCCCUACCUGUACGGCUACUGAAGCUACUGAAGCUCCUGAAGGGAUACCCCGAUCAGCUAUCCAGCUAUGCAGCUACCCGCGAACCACCGAUCCUGCCCAGCAGCCAACGAAACUCGAUGCCGGCCAACACUCUGCAGUUAGGCAGAAGCCGAUCUUGGACAGAACUACCUCAGCCGUACCUGGCGCAAUAUGGCGCACCCAGCAACGCAAUCAACGCUCGAGAUAUUUAUUUUUUAGCGCAUAUUUACACUGCCAGCUACGUGACCAGUUGUGGGCGCCCAGAGACCCGCACUCGUGUAAAUACCUCCUCAAGUGAUCCUUCCUCAUAUGCUAAGCGAUUAAGAGAUUAGGCGAUACCCCUUGUAUGUCUGUACUACACCUAAGCUGAUAUUUUAACAGUUUUAUACCAUAAGCUGAACGCGGUUACCAGAAACAUACGAUUUAUAUCUACAUAGUUAAAUAUUGAGAGUUUCGCUAUACGAUUUAUGUUUACACUACGAAAUACAAAGCCAUGAAAACC